AUGGCAGAAACAAAGCAUAUCAGCGAGCAGCCGAUUACUCUACACAACUGGUACAAACAUGUCGAAUGGAUCAACACGACGUUGAUCCUGAUUAUUCCUCUCCUGGGCUGCGUCGCUGCAUGCUAUACCCCUCUUCGACUGGCCACAGCUGCCUGGACAGUCCUCUACUAUUUCUGGACGGGAUUGGGGAUCACGGCGGGAUACCAUCGUCUCUGGGCUCAUCGGUGCUAUGAAGCGUCGCUUCCUCUGCGGAUCUUCCUGGCUUGUGUCGGGGGCGGUGCCGUGCAAGGCUCGAUCCGAUGGUGGAGUCGCGGCCACCGGGCGCAUCAUCGAUGGACGGACACUAUCAAGGACCCGUACAGCGUGCGCAAGGGAUUAUGGUACUCGCAUUUCAUGUGGAUGGUGUUGAAGCAGAACCCGAAGCACCGUGGGCGGACGGACGUCUCGGAUCUGGACGAGGACCCGGUUGUCGUCUGGCAGCAUCGCAACUACGGCCUGUUCAUCCUCAUGUUUGGUAUGAUCUUUCCCAUGCUGGUUGCCGGGCUGGGAUGGGGAGACUGGAAGGGUGGACUGGUAUAUGCGGGGAUCUUGCGCUUCGGAUUCGUUCAGCAGGCUACCUUUUGCGUCAACUCGUUGGCUCACUGGUUGGGAGAGCAGCCCUUUGAUGAUAGAAACUCCCCUCGAGACCAUGUCAUCACUGCCUUUGUCACCCUCGGCGAGGGCUACCACAAUUUCCACCACGAGUUUCCCUCCGACUACCGUAACGCAAUCGAAUGGUGGCAGUACGACCCGACGAAAUGGUCCAUCUGGGUGUGGAAACAGCUCGGUCUGGCCUAUAACCUGAAGCAGUUCCGGGCCAACGAGAUCGAAAAGGGCCGUCUGCAACAGCUGCAGAAGAAAGUCGACCAGAAACGCGCCCAGCUCGACUGGGGAAUACCCUUGGACCAGCUGCCCGUCGUGGCGUGGGACGAUUUCCUCGCCGAAACGCAGACCACCGGCAAGGCCCUGACCGUGAUUGCGGGCGUGAUCCACGACGUGACCGACUUCAUCAAGGAACAUCCCGGUGGCAAGGCCAUGAUCUCCUCCGCUAUCGGUAAGGACGCGACCGCCCUGUUCAACGGGGGCGUGUACACCCACUCCAAUGCAGCGCACAAUCUGCUGUCCACCAUGCGCGUCGGCGUCGUUCGGGGAGGAGGUGAGGUGGAGAUCUGGCGGGAGAGGGAGAAGCCGAUGAAACACUGAUUGAAUGAGUAUGAGUAGCCUUCAUUAGAGAAAUUGAUGAGUAUAGGUAUUUCAAAAUGGAAUAGAAUCAUUCACUGUC